UUGACCUCGCUUCCCUUCCUCGGUAUAUCCGGUGUGUCUCUGUGUAUGUGCGCGAUGAGGUGACUGCCGCCGGAUCGCUCUCUCGCAUUUAGGAUUUCUAUUUCGCUGUCGCAACGGCACCCCGGAGCAAAAGAAGUCAAAGAAAACGCCAAGCUUGUUUCUUCGACGCCUGCAGGCAGCCCCCUCGCCCGCCCACGCCACAGCCGUCCAAACAGGUGUCGUACCACCGCGUCGUCGUUCACGUACUUUACAUGCUAUCGCAGUUUCAGCGGCGUUGCCGCCGUUCCCAUCGCGUUACCCCUGCGACAACCUGUGCCGCUGCUCGACAGCAUUCCCGCAUGGCAACAUCGCGCACGACCGCCCGCUUCAUUCUUGGGUAGCGUGCUCGCUCGAUACGCCUGGAAAGCGAUCAGCCCGCGAGAGCGCAAUGGACGAAGAGGACGCCACUACGGCCACUGCGACGGCGUCGUCCGCGGACAACAGCCCCGCUCAUGUUCGAAGAAGGGGCGUCGGUGGUGAUGGCAGUGCGCGCGGCAACAGACUCGCCCGCGGUAUGGCGUCUUGCAACUGUGCCUCGUACUGCUACUUCUCGCUCGCCCUGGUGUUGUUUUCGCUGGGGACGGUGCUCACUAUACUCGUGCUCGAUGACAGCGAACAGAUGUUUCCCAACCUGACUCACAUGUGGCUCAUCGGGCCGAUAUUCAUCAGUUCGGGACUGAUGUUUGCCGUGAAAACAAUCAUGUACCUGCGCAGGGAGACGAUGAUCGCCUACUUGGCAAGGCAGCACUCUCUACUACGCGAGCUCCAUCUCGUGGCCGUGGAGCCAGGCUUGUUGAGGGGCCUUCAACAGAGGGCGGCAUCCCUACCACCUCCAUACGAGGCGGUGGCCACAGGCUACAACUCUCCCGUGUGCCACAGGUCAACAACAGCUGCAGCAUUUCCGCUGCUGAUGGCCACCACGGAAGAGGACCCACCCUCAUACGAGGAGGCCCUCCUGCUCAUUCGUGGUGGCUCCGGACCCCCUCCUGCCAUAAAAACGGUACCAGAGGUAACGCCCCCGCCAACGUCAUCACAGCCUCCCGCAGCACCUGUGACAGUGAUUGCAGUGCAGGAGGACUUACCUGACCGGUAGCAGCUGCCAAGCACAACCUUUUGGGUGGCGAUGACCUGAUGCCUAGAUCUGUUUUGCUGCCUGUGACCCCGCGGCAAAUGAAUGUACUGCUCGGCUGUUGUUUUGUGGGUUAUGGUUGUUUUUCCGCAUCACUGUGAUGUCAACUUAAAGGACUCCACUUUG